GGCCUGGGGCCCUGGCACUGUCUCCUGGGUGUGUCCCCACGUGGUGUCUCACGCGGUGGCUGAGGCUGGUUGUGGGAAGGGACGGCCGGUUCCCAGUCCCGUCCAAGGAACAGGCCCCAGGGACGGGACCGCUGCGCUCUGUGUCACAGCCCCUCCCCCCCGCUCAGAGCCCUGAGACACCCUCUCCCUGCUCCCCCUCUUCCCACCCUUCCCUGCAGUUCCAGACGGAGCUGCGGAAGAUCCUGCUGUCCCUCAUCGAGGUGGCGCAGAAGCUACUGGCGCUGAGCCCCGGAGCCGUGGAGUUAUUUACAAAGGCCAACGCGAUGCUGGAUGAGGACGAGGAGGAGCGGGUGGACGAGACGGCCCUGCGGCAGCUCACGGAGAUGGGCUUCCCCGAGAGCAGGGCCGUGAAGGCGCUUCGGCUGAACCACAUGUCGGUUCCUCAAGCCAUGGAGUGGCUGAUUGAGCACGCGGACGACCCCGCCAUAGACACGCCGCUUCCAGGCCACACCUCGCCGGGUACCACAGGGGCUGAAGCUUCGGCCGAGGCUGCUGCCGGCUCCAGCGAGGACGAUGAGGAGGCCAGAGAUGAGCUCACAGAAAUCUUCAAGAAGAUCCGCAGGAAAAGGGCAUUUCGGGCUGACGCUCGGGCCGUCAUUUCCCUCAUGGAGAUGGGCUUCGACGAGAAGGAGGUGAUGGACGCCCUGAGAGUGAGCAACAACCAGCAGAGCGCCGCUUGCGAGUGGCUGCUGGGGGACCGGAAGCCCUCCCCCGAGGAGCUGGACAAGGGCAUCGACCCCAACAGCCCCCUCUUCCAAGCCAUCCUGGAUAACCCCGUUGUGCAGCUGGGCCUCACCAACCCCAAAACACUGCUCGCGUUCGAGGAUAUGCUCGAGAACCCCCUGAACAGCACCCAGUGGAUGAACGACCCAGAGACGGGGCCAGUCAUGCUGCAGAUCUCCAGGAUCUUC